AUGAAGGAAAAGGUUCCUAUGCAUUCCUCAACUUGUGAUGAAACUGAUUUGUUGAAAUGGCUAGCAUAUGGACCCAGAAAACAUGCUGCUUCUUACACUGAAUUCAUGCCUAUAAUGUCUGAAGUUACUGAAUCUAGGUUAUAUAAUGUAGUGGAAGGUGAACAAUAUGUUAGAGAUGAUUGUGAGGGCACCAAAUAUACGUGCCUUUUGCCAAAUAUUUUUUGUCAAAACCCCUUUUUUUCCCUCAUAUUUUCUCUACUCCUCAGAACCUUGCCGCCUCUAGCCUCUCUCUCUUCCAAAUCUUCCUCCCUCUCAAAUUUUCCCCCUUCGCCUCUAUGUCUUCCAGUUCUCACUCUCUCCUCCGCUCUCUCAAAUGAGGUCCCGCCGCCCUCUCUUUAUAUGAGAGUACUCUCGAUCUCUCUGUCGUCGCACCCUCACCUCACCCUCACUCUCGGUCUGCUCUCCGAUCUCUCAGACGCCGAAGUCCAGAAAUUGAAGGAGUAUCUCUUGGAAAUUCGGUCACUAGUAUAAUAUAAUUUUGUGGCAUCAAGGGAACACCUAACUGAGGUGCAACAAAGAGAUAUGGCUGCCAAUCAUAAAUUGAUACAUAAGAAAGAGUUUCGUUCAUGGUUUCAUAAGAAGGUAACUUGUACUUAGAAAAUUGCAUACUACAAAUUACAUUCUCAUUCUAAUAUAUUUCU